AUGGUGCUCACAGCCUGUGGCGGGGGUCUGCCUAUCGACGGCUUCCCCAACGGCGCGAAGACCACGACGGGAGCACUCCAAGGGAGAGAACACAGUUGGGGCGAGGCCAAGAUUUUCCCCUUCGGCGGUGACUACUUCCUGUGCUGGUGCGCCAAAGGAGCGACCUGCUUGGAGGCUUCCGACCACCGGAAGCAGCUUGGCACCCUUCGGGUACCCGGGCCCGCAGGAAAUUUCAUGCGUGCUUGCGGCACCUUCGAGGCAUGUACAUGGACCGGCUUCACCGGCACCGAUCUAAAUGACGGCGACCGGAUCAUGCUGCUGAGAACCUGCGGCGAGGGCCCAGCCAUACCAGGCUUCCCAAAUGCCGGCAUCGCUGUGGCAAGUGGAGGUGGCGCAGACUAUGCCUUUGGUACUACCGACAACAUCGUCCGGGCGGGUGGUGCAGAGUACGCCCACACCUGA